CUUAAUUUUUGUUGCAUUGUCGAAGGUACAGUUUCCCUUCUCCAAGUGGUAGUAAAUACAAGCUAAAUAGGUGUUACAACUUUGGGGGUGUUAGGUCAGAAGACGACUGACGACGAGACGUGCUCAUGUUAUCGUGCGCUCGAAACCAUGGCUACAUAUCACUGUCCUGACGGUUCCAUGGCUCGAAACGCUCCAUACACAGAGGACGUGACCUGUGCCGAUGUCAAGCAGGAGUUCACGAUGCCAAACAGCCCUCCACCACUGCUAUCUCUUGUCACGGAGAGUGUUGACAUCAAGGUGGAACCAAGCAGCCCUGAGACUGUGCUUCCUCUCAACAUGACCUGCGACGACAUCGAGGAGGAGAUCAGUCUGGUCACUGAUUGUGUUGACAUCAAGGUGGAACCAGCUAGCGCUACGACCAUGCUUGCUACUGAACGCCUUGACAUGAUUGACAGAGAACCAUCCGAGUCAUCAGCCCUGCAGCCACGCAGCAUAGUCGUUACCCCUUUGACAGACAGCGCUGAAAUAUCAAGUGAGGUGUCCUCCAUGGAAAGCAACCUAAGGAUUCCUGGUUGUGCCCCUGCAGUUCCAGCGACACUGGGCGAGCAGUUUCAACAGGCCAUACCAAGUGUUUGUGUAAAGGUGGAACAGAGCAGCCCUAGAACAACACCGCCUCGUGGCAUGACCUGUGCUAAUGGCAAGCAGGAGUUCAUAAUGCCGAAUCGCCCUCCACCAUUGCUAUCGCUUGUUGUGGAGAGUGUUGACAUCAAAGCGGAACCGAGCAGCCCUAAUACUGUGCUUCCUCCCGAUCUGACCUGCGAUGACAUCAAGGAGAAAAUUGAAAUGCCACACAGUCCUGUCACCGAAAGUGUUGAGAUCAACCCUAUGACCACGCUUGCUACUGAACGCCUUGACGUGAUUGACAAAAAGGCAUCCGAGUUACCAGCCCUGCGGCCGUGCAACGUAGUCCUAAUCCCACUGCCGUCGAACGCUGAAAGGCCACGAGAGGUGCUCUUCACAGAAAGUAACCUAAGGGUUCCUGGUUGUACCCCUGCGGUUCCAGUGACGCUGGCCGAGCAGUUUCAACAGGCGAAUCUCUCUGCUUAUCUGUGCACUGACGAGGUCAAGGUCCAGUGCAGCCAAUGCGCGGCAAUGUUAGCGAACAAGCGGUCACUGCAAGACCACAUGCUGACCCAUUCCAGUGAGAGGCCCUAUGAAUGCGACACGUGUGGCAUGCGAUUCAAACGAAAGGGCUCGCUAGUUAGGCACCACGCAACUCACACGGCCGAGAAGGAGUUCAAGUGUGAGCUGUGCCCCUCGGCAUUCUACCGUAAGGAAUCGCUGGAAAAGCACAAGGAACUUCACGAAAGAGGUGUAGACCUGUUUCCCUGCCAGGAGUGUGGCAGAAUCUUUCGACAGAACGAAAGCUUGCUGAAACAUGUGCGGCGGCACACGCUCGAGAAGCCCUUUGCAUGCCACCUGUGUCCGGCGAAGUUCCUGAGACAGGCAGACCUGAAUGUUCACAUGCGUAAACACACAGGCGAGAGACCGUACAAGUGUUCCAUCUGUGAAAAGUCGUUCAGUCAGCCGCAAAAGCGUACGAUGCACAUGCGUCGUACACACCUCGAGGUGAAGCUGAAAAAAACGUUUCCCUGUUCUGCUUGCGAAAAGGUGUUUUUUGAUCAGCGAAACCUCCGCAGGCAUGAAGGCACUCACGAGAUUAAGAUCUUUCAGUGCAGCCACUGCUCAGUUACAGUGGCGAGCAUGUGGUCACUGAAGAGACACAUGAUGACGCAUUCCAGUGAGAGGCCUCACAAGUGCGGCACUUGUGGCAUGCGAUUCAAGCGAAUGUCCGGGUUACUUAGCCACCGCACCACUCAUAUGGUUGAGAAAAAGUUCAAGUGCGAGCAGUGUCCAUCGACGUUCUGCAAGAAGGUGUCGCUGAAAAGGCACAAGGAGUUUCACGAAAGAGGCAUGAACAGGUAUCACUGCCAGGAGUGCGGAAGAACAUUUUUACUCAAAAAGAGCCUGCAGCGACAUCAGAGGUCGCACAUGCUGGAAAGGCCGUUUGCAUGCCGCCUGUGUCCAGCCAAGUUCUUCAGGAAACACCACUGGGAAACUCACAUGCUUGGACACACGGACAAAAAAAGCACACAAGAAUUCCAUCUGUGAAAAGUCAUUCGCCCAGUCCCAUAUGUGUACGCUGCACAUGUCUUGCAUGCACUAUGAUGUGGCACUCGAGGUAAUAUACAUUGAUAACAAGACGAUGCUUUCGUGACUGUAUGUGACUGUAUGUUAUUCUAGUAUGCUGCAAAAUAAAAAAAAAGUGAGGGAAAGCUUACAAA